GCGUUACAGUGUUCAACUGUAACGCCCGCCAGUUGCCUCGGUGGCCGUUUGUGAAAACAGUGUUUGCUUCAAAAAGUGAAUCAUUCCCACCACGAGAAUUUAUAAACUUGUGUUUACAUCACGACAGUUCAUCAUGGUGUUUUUAGAAGGCCGAUUUUUAAGUUCAUUAUUUUCAUUGUCUAAAGUGACCAUAGAACCCAGUAUUUAUAGUGGAUCUUUUCUACAAACUCGAAAUUAUGCUCUGAGAAAGGGAACAAGAGAAAAAAAAUUAAAGCAAAAAUUAAGAAACAUAACUGCUAAAAGAUCAAGGGAAUUAAAACAGCCAAAAAAGAAAACAUUAAAAGGAGAUGUUCCAGACGCGAUAAGAUUUUCUUUGGUGGAUACUCAUCGAAUGUCUCCUGACAAUGUAUGGUUACAAAAAUACUAUAGUCCAAAAGUAUAUACCUUCGAAGAAGCUGUACAAUGUCAUCGUGAAGUUUUUCAUCCCACUAUUUAUGAUAUUUCUGAUGCAAAAUUAACAGCUGCUUUUGAAGUGAACAUGAAGGGACCAAGUAAAUCUAAAAUGCUAAAUACGUUUCACAGUUUGGUUUCUAUCCCUCACAAGUUUCACUCAGAUGGGCAAAAAUCAAUUAUGGUAAUUGCAGGCACACCAGAAUUACAGGAUAUAGCUAAAAAUGCAGGUGCACAACAUGUAGCUGGACCUGAAAUUAUUCGAUUAAUUAAGAUUGGAGAAAUGAGUGUUUCUGAUUAUGAUCACAUAAUUGCUCAUCCCCAAAUACUGCCACAAUUAUUGACCAUUAAGGGUAUUUUAAAGAAUAAAUUUCCAUCGUUAAAACAAGGAACACUAGGAGCUGAUCUUGAUGCUACUAUUUAUAAACAUUUGCAUGGUGUUAGGUACACUUGUAUAGCAAAUUCGAAUUAUCCGGAUUAUGGUUAUUGCGAAGUUCCUUUUGGAACGGUUGAAAUGACUACACCACAAUUGAAAGAGAAUUUUAAAACCUUAUUGGAUGAUCUACUAACUCGAAAACCAAAAAUACCUGAACCCAUGAUUUUGAGAAUUUGUAUUAAAUGUUCGCCAAGUACCGAAGCCUUUAAAUUAGAUCUUAAAGAAUUUAUAAAAGAAGAAGUAAAAGAAAAGUAUAGUUAUGAUGAUGAUGAUGAAGAUGAUGAUGAUGAUCAUGAUAAAGUAACUCGAGCCGAAAUUUAGGUAAUAUGAGAAGUUACCUGACAAGCAAAUAUAAGAAUUUUUUAAUUCAUGUUGUUUACUUAUUAGUUUUAAUAAAAUUUAUUAGCAAAACUCCAAAA